UCCAAAGAGAGCACUUAACUUUUUCUCCGAAGGACCAGGGCUGUUCUGUGCGGUCGAUGGGAGAGAAACGUUGCCUUAAAAAUGAAAGGUGCAGGCGGUGGCCGUCACGUAGCGCGUCGCCGUCCCCAAAGUGGCUCUGGCGGCUGGCAGGGCGCACGCAGCCCUUCCGCAGGGCCUGGCGGGGAGCCGGGGCGCCGGCCUCCCCACUCAGGAGUCCAGCUGGCGGGCGUCCUGGCUCCACCAGGGCUAAAAUGCAAAGGGCGGGUGGUCCGUGGCCUCGGGCCAGGUUCACGUGGGCCCCCAGCAUCUCGUGAUCGCAAACACGUGUGGGACAGGGGGCCUGGCAGCCGCCCUCACCGACGCCCCGGGGAGAGGACCCUCCCCAGCCAGCUUGCAGGGUCCGCUGGGGCGCAGCGUCUCCCCGCCCGGGUCUGUUCGGGGCCCUUCAGUGUUCCGGUUUGUGGCCAUGCUCGCCGGCUUCGGUGACCCAGGAACCCGUAGACCUAGAGGGAGUGGAAUCCAGACCUUUAUUUUGGGGCUGACUCCGGCUCCCGCAGCCCAAGCGGGCAGAGAGCUCAAAGCGAAGGUCGCCUGUGUGAAGGGACAGGUCGGUGACAGGACUCAGCCACUGGGGGCUGGCCUCGGGCUCACGUCCCAGACGGGAGAGGGGGGAGCCCCUUCGUGUUAGCUGUGCGCCUGCGGCCAUCUGGGAAGACAGAGACGCACGCCGCUCCCGGGUCGCAUGCUGUGGAUGGGAGCGUGGUCCGGGGUGGCUGCCACGCCCUGCACCCCGCCUGCAGCACCACAGGCGAGGGAGGCAGUGGGGUACCCAGACCUCGCCACGCCCGGGGUCACAGCUCGGACCCGUGAAGGGUGAUUCAGAGGCUGGGACGGACAGCUGGGCCACAGGUGGCCCCCAGCCCGCCUAUUGGGACACGCAGAGAGGGCUGGAUGCUUUCUGUGGCCCCGGCCGCCUUUCUUGCCAGAAGCAGGUGCUCAGGUGACCUCCACAGGGUCCCAGCAUCCCCCAGACUCUGGUGUUGGUCUCAGCAAGCACGAGGGCCACCUCGCAGGGAGACGCGGUCUGAGCAAGUGUCCCCUCGUUCUCAGCCGGUGGCGUUUACAAGGCCACCUGAUUAUUUUGACAUCUAUCUGCCAGGUGUCACUGAUUUUUUUCUUUUUAAACUCACUUUUAAAAAGUCACUCAGUCAAGUCAAAAAGUGCCAGGAGAUUUAAGGGGCCAGAAGGACGGUCACACCGCACGCAGCCAGGUAGAAGUGCCGUGUGGGUGCGGGUCCCCGUCCUGCGCUCCGCAGAGGUUGGUUCCACGUGCGGUCCUGGUGACCACGUUUUCCAAAGCCAGCGUCCGUCGAGGCCGUGGGUGACACAUGUUGAGUUCAGGAUCGCCCUGGAGGAGCCAGGUCCCGUGACCGACUGCCUGACUUGGAGGCUGGCUCCCGCAGGCUUGUCCCAGACACAUUCCAGAGAAUUUUGUACAGAACUGGAUGCACAAUCCAGCUUACUACUGAUAAAUGCCUGAACAUCGAACACCGUGCCGGGCGAGGCCUCCGGUCCCCGGCGAGGGGGCCCCACCUGCUUUCUGCUGCCCCCCGGCCCGCGAAGGUACUGGGCUCGCUCUGCAGCCACCGGCCCUGCCCAGGCUCUUCUCAAGCAGCUUUAAAACCUUACUACUAUUUAAACAUGAGCAGGAAGGGAGGGGAGUGGCGUCCCUGUCCCACGCCUCGCCUUCCCUUGGCAGGACACAGGACACGUGGGGAGCAGGCGUGGACCCCGGGAGCAGCUCGCUCCCAGGGCUUGGGGGCGUCGUCCUGGUGACGUAUCGACAGGCUCAUUUACAAACCGAAUGCCUGCGAGGCAGCCACAGGUCUGGCCGAAGGCUGUCUGUCCGUCCCCGCCCAGAACAUACCUGGCCAGGUCCCUCCCCAGCCUGCCCUCCAUGGGGACAGAGGGGUCCACCUCCCAGGGGGGCUGGGACAGCCGUGGAGGCACCAUUCCCGGGGCAGGCUGCCUGCCUCUGGGUGUGUGGCUGGGAGACGUUGCUCCCUGGCCUCCCCUUGGGGAGUCCCCACGGGCCAAGUGGCGGGGCCCCCGGGGGGCUCGCGGCGUGGGCACGCGGCUGCCCUGAGCGGCUGUGCAUCAUCGCAGGGCGUGGGCUGGCGGUGGCUCCCACGUGGCCAGGAAUUACUCGCGUGGGUGUGCUGGGUGCAUGCACGGGGGUCUCGGCCACCCCCAGACCCCCACAGAUGAGCCCCUCCCCAUCCAAAGCCAUUGGUGGAGCAUCUCCGGACUCGUGUGCCAGCCCCAGGGCAGAAGCCGAGGGUCCGAGACCGCUCCGUCACACACACGUUUUCCUUUCCCGUAGGGACUUUCCUUUAGCCAGCCAGCAUCACACCCCGCUUCCACAGGCCACGCGUCCCCUUCCCGGGGCCACCCCAGGGAAGUAUGACCGUCGCACAGGUCCCUGUCUGGCCUCGGCUUGCUCGGAUGAAACUUUGUAUGUAUUUUGUAUGGCAUAGAUUCUAUAUUGUAAUGAUGUCCUAUGCAAAAAAGAAAAAAAAAUUAACUAAAUUGUAAAUUUUAUUGUUUUAACGUGUAUGCAUGUUUAGUGACGUUUACAUUUUGAAAUAAAAUUUAUGAUUCAUUAUUGUA